UAUGCACCGUGGUUGCCGCAGAUUGCGACUAAGAACACGUGUUAAUUAGUCGCCGCUAAGGCUUGCGCGAUCAUCAAUUGUGGACGACCAUAAAUUUGUUGUGUUCCGAGCGAUUCCAAGUAAUCUCGGUAGCUGUAUGCGUGUGUCGAGUGAAUACUGUGUAAAAAGGGCCGACCGUAGUAUCUAUCCUAAACAAAAAAAUAAUCACCCUUCUUGGAGGGAAGAACUAGAUAACAUCGACGUUCCUUUAUCAAUCGUCUUCCACAAUCGGUAUAUAACGGUGUCCAGCUGACAUUGGACGGUUCAGUUCGACCAAGACCAAACACCGCCAGGAUGAGUUACACCAACUUCCAGCUUGAGGUGCUUAACCAACACAACACUCUCAGGAAACGCCAUUCUGCCGCACCAUUGCAGCUCGAUUCUAAUUUGUGCAAUUAUGCCCAAGAGUGGGCCAAUACACUGGCCAGCCGAAACGUAAUGCAGCAUCGCUCCAACAACAAGUAUGGAGAAAAUUUGUACGCCUGUUUUGGAAAAACGAACAUCACGGGAGCGGAAGCGGUUAACAAUUGGUACAACGAAAUCAAGUACUACGCGUUUGGCUCACCAGCUCCGGGCAAUUUCUCGCAGGUCGGUCACUUUACGCAGGUUGUGUGGAAAACAUCGCUCCGGCUGGGCGUCGGCAUUGCCACGAAGGGCACGAGCGUGUACGUGGUUUGUAACUACGAUCCACCUGGCAACUUCACGGGACAGUAUCAUCUGCACGUCACUAAACAGUAAAAUUGUACGACCACCCUAUGGCAAUCGCAGCGCACAGCACUAACGCUGUACACGAAGAAUACACACCUGACUGCUCACGGUGCUAUUUGAGGGACAUUUUUUUUUACUUC